CUCACAUCCCCCACUCUGUACUUUAACUGACUAUGUGUUGGAGGCUUCUGCCAAGUUCUACCUGUAACUGGCUUCAUCUCUCAAGUCAGAUGUUUGGCGACUCUAUCCCCUGCAACAAGGAGCCAUGCCAGCUGGACACACUCCCCUUCCAGGGCCCCUGGCGGCCAGGUUGGAGGUGAGGCCGCAGCUGCUGAGAUCCUGAGCCCCAGUUUUACAGCUCUGUCUCAACCGUAUCACUGAAAGAGGGCCUCCCCCAGCAAUGAUCUCCUCAUUACUGCUGGCCUUCCUAUUCCUGGCUCCAGCCCCGGUGGCCAUUCCCAGAGCUGACAGCCAGUGUCUGGCAUGUGGAGGACCCGCCAUGGACCUGGAUCGUCAGCGGGAGCUGCUUCUUGACCUGGCCAAGAGAAGCAUCUUGGACAAACUGCGCCUCAGCCAGCGCCCAACACUGAACCGGCCUGUGUCCAGGGCUGCUCUGAGGACUGCGAUGCAGCGCUUCCGUGGGCCCCCGCAGGGGACGCUUCCGGAGGCUGACGGGGAACAGGAAUAUGAGAUCAUCAGCUUUGCUGACACAGGCCUCUCCAACAUCAACCAGACUCGUCUUGAUUUCCACUUCUCCUCUGAUAGAACUGCUAGUGGCAUGGAGAUCCAGCAGGCCAGCCUCAUGUUCUUUGUACAGAUCCCUCCCAAUACCACCUGGACUUUGAAGCUGAGGAUCCUUGUGCUAAGCUCACAUGACACCAACCUCACCUUGGCCACUCAGCACCUGCUGGAGGUGGCCAAGAGUGGCUGGCACCAGCUCUUCCUGGGGCCGGAAGCUCAGGCUGCCUGCAGCCAAGGGCACCUGACCCUGGAACUGGUACCUGAAGGCCAAGGAGCCCGGAACUUGAUCAUACUGGGUGGGGCUGCCCAUAGGCCUUUUGUGGCAGCCAAGGUGAAAGUUGGGGGCAAGCACCGGGUUCACCGGCGAGGCAUCAACUGCCAGGAUGGGUCCAGGAUGUGCUGUCGACAAGAGUUCUUUGUGGACUUCCGUGAGAUUGGCUGGCACGACUGGAUCAUACAGCCUGAGGGCUAUGCAAUGAACUUCUGCACAGGGCAGUGCCCAAUCCAUGUGGCAGGCAUGCCUGGCCUUGCUGCCUCCUUCCACACUGCGGUGCUCAACCUUCUCAAGGCCAACACAGCUGCAGGUACUGCGGGAGGGGGCUCAUGCUGUGUGCCCACGGCCCGGCGCCCCCUCUCUCUGCUCUACUACGACAGGGACAGCAACAUUGUCAAGACUGACAUACCUGACAUGGUGGUCGAGGCCUGUGGGUGUAGUUAG